AUGGAGGAGCCGCGCGGUGAUGCGGCAACCGCGUUGCCGUCUUUUUCUCUGGAUCCUCCUCCUCUGGUCGUUCCGGCCUCAGACGCGCUGCGCAUGGAGACGACCGGGGCAGGCAUUCUCGUUUCGCGGUGUCCGACGUUGACAGAAGAAGACAUUUCGCAUUUUGUGGCGGCGCUGCAUGCGCGCGCCGCAGAGCGCUGCCGAACGCGCUCUGCGGCUUGGGCGAGGAAGAGGCCAGCAGAAGCGAGACGGGAGAGUGACGGAACUCGCGAGCCCGAUGCAGACUCGGGGGGGGCCGGUGAGAUACAUCCCUGCGGCGCUGAGAGGCAGAAAGGGAGCGGAGAAGACAGCGGAGUUUGCGCGGUGUGCCUACCGGAGGAGAGAGGGGGUGGAGACAACUGCGGCGCCGACAGAGACACAGAAGGCGAGCGUGAAGACGAGAUUGUCGGCGUGGCGCUGCGCGGCGUUGGACUGCAGGACGACAGCCUUGCCAUCUUGGUCACCUGCAUGCUCAGAUCGACGUUUCUCCGGGCCAUCGACCUCUCUGACAACAGACUAACGGAUGACAGCGUCAGCAUCCUCGCGGAGUGCCUGCCUUGUCUGCCGUACCUGCGGUUCCUCAACUUGGCCAACAACCGCCUCUCCGCCGCCUCGCUGAUCAAAGUCGCGAAGGCGUUCUUCCCCGAUUUUUCGACGCCUCCGCCCCGCACCAGCGGGCCGGCGAAGGCCCGGGCGACCGCGCCGGAGGCGAUAGCGGCGCCCGCUGAGUCGGGCGCGAGACCCGAAGAGAGCCAAGGCGGCGGAGGCGAGGAAGAAGCUAAACCCGACGUCUAUCACCUUGACCUCUCGGAUACGCUUGUCGGAGCUGACGGGUGCUGCGCGAUCGCCGAGACUAUCAAGUGCAACAGCUGCCCGGCGCGUCUGUACCUAAGGAACGUCGGAGGAGGCUGCGCCGGCCUGCUUCCCCUGAUCGCGACGGAGUCGUUUUUGAAAGCCCUGGACUUUUCGCACGCGGACAUGUCGCCGCGACCGCCCUCUCCCGUCUCGGUGUCUCCGCGCGGCUCGACGGCGUCGGCGACGCGUGUCUCCGCCGCGCCGUCUGCGUUCUGUUCGUCUCCUUCUUCUUUCCCGGCGCCACCAGUUCCCUCGUCUCCGUCGCAGCUCGCGGACUCGCGGGCGAAGAGCCGCGGCGGCGUGCUGUUUCGCUCGUUGCAGAAGGCGCGGCUCGCACGCCGGCGGGGCUUGGCGGCGCAGGCGGAGGCGGGGCAGCGAACGGAGCCUUCCGGCGGCGGAGACAAGGCCAAUGAGGGGGGGAAACAGAAGCAAGCGGAAGAAGAAGAGUGGAUGGGUGAACUCGAGGGAUACUCGCUCCACUCCGACGACCAACGCGCGCGAAGGGAACGAAACAGCCUCGCCGGCGGAGACCUGCAGAUGCUGCUCUGCGUCGCAGAGGGACUCGCACAUCUGCUCACGUCCGCCGGCGCGCUGCAGGAGCUCAAUCUCUCGUACUGCACAUGGUCGUUCACUCCGGAGUGGGAAGAUGACGGCGAGGCCCCCGGCGCCAGCGUGCAAUACGCCGACCAGCUGAUUGACAUCCUCGCGGAGGCUCUAAGAGAAACGUCCUCCCUUCGCUCUCUAGCCUUUGCAGGCAACGGCAUGACGGCCGUCGGCUUGAGGCGGCUGUGCGAGGGCCUCGCCUCCCCAGCGUGCCGCCUGGAGGAGUUGAACCUCGCCUGUAACGACCUGCAGGAAACCCUGCCUCUCGCGGAGCUUCUUGUCAUGAACGACACCAUCCGGAUACUCGACAUCGCGAACUGCGUGCUCGAUAGCGCCGCCGUGAACGACCUCGCGACGGCGCUCGAGGCGAACACGACGCUCGCCGUCCUCGUUCUCGCGCACAACGCUCUCCAGCCUGAGACGUUGAACAAACUCACCGCGGCCCUUCGCAUGCAGCGGCGGCGCGUCGAGGAAGCGGAGAGCGAAGCGCCGCCCGAGCGGAACCCGCCGGAGGGCGAGCAAGGAAACGAAAAACGAGAAGCGAGAGGAGAAGGAGAAGAGACACUCGGACGCAGCAGCGCGGUGUCGCGGUUUUGUGGCUUCUCGUCACAGGCGGACGGCUGGCUAUGCUGUUGCUCGUGGGAGGGGACGCCGCCGAAUCCGUUCAACGAACCUUCUUCCUUUUCGCCACGGAUGCCUCUCGCUCCCGCGGCGCGUCAGCGUCUACUCUCCGCGCGGCGGCGCUGCGCGCUGCAUCUUCUCGCGCGACAAGAAGCCUUUUUGUCGCAGAACUCGCUGUCGAUGCCUCGCCCUUCGGCUGCAGUCGUCUGCGGCGCGUGCGGUGGGCGACGCGCGGUAAGAAGGGGCGAGGAUCAGACGCCGCCGCGGAACCUCCCGCGCGUGGCAGAGGAUGUGGAACUGCCCAACGCGCCUCUAACGCAGCUCCCGCGCCGCGGCCUGCGAAUGCUUGAUCUCUCCUACACGACGCCUCACAACAGUGCGGCGCUCCGGCCUUUAGCUGCAGCAGUUUCUGAGCUUCCCUACCUUCACUUCGUGGACAUCUCUAGCUGCGCGGUGGACGGCGCGACUGUGGAGAUGCUGCGCGCGGCGACUGCGGCUCGUGCGCCGACUUCCUCUGCAGUUCGCCCCGCGCGUCGCACGCAGUCCCCAGCCUCCUCAUUCGCGCCUGCGCCUCCGUCGGUAGCCGUGUCGUUCCCCUACGCGCUGAGCGUGCGCGGCCUGCCGUUGACCGCGAUUCGCCUCGAUGAAGACGACGAGCUUCUCGAGGGCGUGCCACACGCGGACGAGCCUCUCAGUCUACGUGGUUCGGAGUCUCUCGCAACCUCUGGGGGGUCGGCGGAAGCGGCGCCGUGGAGGCGGGAUGCGGCCUCCACGCCGGACGCCUUCUUAGCGGACGGCUCGGGGCUUAAAAGGACCGCUUGCUCGCUCGAUUCUUCGCGCUUCUCAGAGGACGCGGAAACUUGCCAUGGCACCGCGAGUUCGGUGUCCGCAGAGGCGCGGGCGCCGGGCGGCUGCGCGCCGUCGGCGAUGCCGCCUGAGCGAGAAGGGCGCGAGGCGGCUUUCGGCGACGAGGUGUCGCCGCUGCGCCAUGUCUCCUGUCCGCCGCUGCCUGGCGCGCCGUUUGCACCGUUCGCGGAGGCUCAGACAGCGCCGACGGCGAGCGCGACGGCGCAGGCCCUCGAGGAGGAAAAGGCGCUUUUGCGGCUCUACUCCGAGCGCCUGUCACCGAUGCGGCCGCCGUUGCAGGAGCAACUGAAGGAGCUCGAGGCGCUUCAGGCGCAGCAGAUUCAACUCCAGAGAAAGAAGGAGGAACUCGAAAGACACCUUCUCUCGCAGCUGAAGCCAGAGGGCGCAGACGGAGAGAUGCACGCGCCUACAGCCCAGGCGCUGCAGGACCCCGUUGACUGGCUGCAGACGCCGCCAGACGCUCGCGACGGCUGCGAGGAGGUCGCGUCACGAGGAGAAGCGUGA